UGCACGCGCUAUGUCAAGUGAAAGCAUUUUAGAAGAUUACAAAAAAAUCAAAUAUUUUGCAAUUUUUCCAGCUCUCAAUGUUGCACGCGUCGGUAACUCUGAUGAAUAUUAUGUGGGAUCCGAAAUUCCCGGAGUAUAUGUUGGAAAGGGUGAUGAAUCUUUUCUCUUCAAGGAUAAAAAUAACAAAGUAAAACCACAAGCUGCAAGGUUCAGAAUUUAUGGUUAUGAUGAAAAACAACGCCCCAUACGGGAAAUCAAACUGACUGAUGCUGAUGCUUCUGAUGUGAAAAUAAAAAUUGAUUGGCAUUUCGAAUUUGCUAAUAAGAAGGCAGCACAUACAAAAUUUUCUGGUAUCUUGAGAUAUAAAGAAAGCGAUCCUAAACGAAAUGCUGAAUGGCCUUAUGAUAGGUCUACACUUAUGGCAAUAACAAGGGGAAGCCUAUCCUCUGAAAAACCACAAAAAACAAAAGAAUUAACGGCAAAUGUUUAUCGCCAAGGCAACGACGAUAACAGCGGGAAAAAACUCAAUUUAGGCAAAGUAAUACUUGAAAAUACCGGAAGUUUACUAGUUAUUGGUGGAAAGGGAGAGUCUGGAACUGUCAAGGAUGGUUCCUUAAUCACUAACUAUGUAAACAACGAUUAUUGGUACGAUGACACUUCUGAUGGUUCCAUAGAUGCUACUGUUGAAAUUGGUAUAGGCUCAACCUCGAUGACUACUAUCCGGAAUAGAGAGGGCAAAGCAUGGGUCCUUGUUGCGCCACCAAAAUACACUCCUGGUAUUGGUAACCUGGUACCAUUAUAUCAAAUUAUAUCAGAAACGCAGCAUCCUGUUGAUUCGGAACAUCCGAUCGAUCCAAAAGUUGUAUUCGAUCUAGAUAAUCGAGUUGAUCCUGAAAAUCCAAAGUCUUCUUGGGUCAAUCAGUUGGCCUUUAAUGGUCAUGGCUUGCAUAAGCAAGCAUCUUCAGCCGAAUUUAACGGGCAAGCUUAUGAUUAUUUUAUGCCACCUUUAGCUGGGAAUGAUGGAGAUAAUACGCCUACUGUUCCAGAUACAUAUUUGACUAUCAGUAGAGGUCAAUAUAUUUUAUUGCAAAAAUGGGCCGAUGGAGAUUUUGAGGAAGGAAAACCACCAAAAGAAUACCAUUACAAAUUUGGAAUGAAUGAUGGGGAUUAUCCUCAAUAUGUUGAAGGUGGCAAGAAUUAUAAAUUUGAAGAAAUUGUUCCUAAUGUUUUUGAUCAAAUUAAAUGUCUUAACAAAGCUGCGCUUCAAUGGAGUGCUGGAGGUGCAUUUUAUCCUGGAAUUGAAAUGACUUAUCGUUCUUAUGACAAAAAUACAUUCGACGAAAAAUCUGAUUUCAGGAUAAAUACUAAAACCAUAAGUCCUGGUGAUAUUAAUGCAUUUAUGGCUUUACCAUGGCAAGCCGAUUUUUACGAAUGUAACACGCAUUGGUGGCCAGCUCAAAGACCCGACAUAACAAUUCCAUACUCAGACGAUCGAAAAAAAGACAUUGAGAAGUAUGGUGUUAGUUUAGAUUACUUUGAGAAUUGGACUCGUGGAUUUAGAACCGUUGAAAUAGAUGACAUGCCAAAUUGGGGCAGCAUGGAUAUGGCUAAGAAAUGGGACAGGCAAGUUAGCAAUGUGUUAUUAGGUUUCAUCGUCGAAAAACAACUAGAAGGCGAGAAAAAAGCAUUCUUUGAAGUUGAACGCGACGACAUUUUUAAAGUAGAGAUGAAUAAUGUAGAUGAUAAAGAAAAUAAAUACAAUCUAGAUGAUCUCCAUGAGAUGCUUAAAAUUGCGAUGAUGGUUGAAAUCUCUACUAUUCCAGCAUAUCUUUACGCUUUAUACUCAAUAAAACCUGGAACAGAAAUUGGUGAUGAAGUGAGGGCUCAAAUUCGGCAUGUCGCUGCAGAGGAAAUGUUACAUCUGUCGCUUGUGGCGAAUCUUAUUGCUGCUAUUGGACGACAACCCAAAUUUUAUUCCAAAGAAAUGUUUCCUUUCUAUCCGUGCCCUCUUCCACAUAUAAAGCAAGGCUCACUUGUUGUCCAUCUUUCAAAAGCAAAUAAAGCUACUCUCGAAACUUUUGUAAAUAUUGAAAAACCUGAUACUGAUCAAAUGACAAAUGUGAGAAUAGAUGAAGAUGAAUUCAAUGCUGAUAGCAUUGGUGAUCUCUAUUAUGCUAUUAAAAAAGUCUUUAAAUCUCUUGAUGAACAACAUCGAAUUAGGUACAAUACGCUAUUUCAGCUUGGACCUGGAAUGGGUUACGCACCUAGUUCUGGUGAUAAAAAUUUUGAAGGAUUAAUUCUCGUCAAGGAUUGCGAUGAUGCUAUAAAAGCUAUUGAUUUGAUUAUUCAUCAGGGUGAAGGGGGUAAGUGCGUUGCUGUAAAAAUAAAUGCUACGAUCAAUGUAAAAAUUAGUGGUAAAAUCAAAGACGGAAAAAAAGUAAAAAUCCGCGGAGCAAUCGAAGUAGCAUCUGAAAAAAGACCUGAAGAAAAAAAAAACGGAUCAAUAAAAGGAACGAUUGGUGUGAAAUCAUACAAAGAUGGUAAAAUAACUGGAGAAAUAUAUGGAAAAGUAUUAGGAGAAAUUAGAGGAAUUAUAAAAGGAACUGUCGAAGAUGAAUCAAUUGUAAUAAACGAUAGCGAUAAAGUACCUGCAAUUAACGGUGUAGUAAUUAAAAAUGGAGAAAUCGAUGAUUCACAUCAUGCAGUAUUUAGUUAUUGUUUAAGUGAAGUUGAAAGUGCGUCUGAAUCAGACUAUCAACUUUGGCCUGUUGUGGACAAUCCAACCGCUGCAAAUUACACCAACCCACUUACUCAAGAUGAAAUAUCAUAUGCUGAUCCAAAUAUUGUCACUACUCUCAUCGCUUUUAACGCUUCCUAUUCUUAUCUUAUGCUCUUAUUACAAGCUGUUUGGAGAACUGAUGGACAAAAGAAAAAAAUGUUGAUAAUGGGAGGAAUGCCAGCACUUAUGCAUGGUGUUUUAAAACCUAUUGCAACAUUUCUUGCUAAAACACCUGUUUCUACUGAUAUGAAUGCAGGUGCCAGCUUUAGCUAUUAUCAAUUUGACAAAGCAUCUAGCCCAAAAGACCAACUAAAAAAAGCUAUUGAAGCAGCAUCUGAAGCUUUUUCACAUAGUGAUGAAUUAAAAAAUGCAGUGACAGCAGUUGAUGCAUUGCCUGAUUUAUCCCAGGAGAUUUUUUUAUUACUAUGA